CUUCAGUUGCACAUGUUUUAUGUUUUGCUAGAUUUACCAGUGUAUUUACAAAUUAUCAUAGCGAAAAGUGUUAUAAUUAACCGUAUAACAGAUUAAAACUACCUUAGCCAGUCUGUUUUUGUCUCUACCACUUCAGACAUGUCUUCGGCGGAGGUUGUUCUCGGUUUCUUGGAGGAGGCGGAACCGUGGCGGCUUCGGUCUCCGCAGUUCCCUAGUAAAGUCGGAGGGAAACCGGCGUGGCUCAGUCAAGUAGGCCUGCCCUCACCGACGGGGCUGGAGUGUCCGAUCUGCGGCCUGCCGUUGGCCUUCCUGCUGCAGGUUUAUGCACCGAUCUCUGGACAGGACAGAUGUUUCCACAGAACUCUCUUUCUCUUCUGCUGCAAAACACCUGAGUGCUAUACACGUAACGACAGUAGCUGUAUUAAAGUUUUCCGAAGUCAGCUAACUAGAAAGAAUGACUUCUACCCUUAUGACCCUCCACCGGAGGAUGAACCCCCUGCUGAUCCUGACCCGGACCAGACUGUGCUGCCAGUAUCUGGAGUCAAACUGUGCUGGGUUUGCGGUUGCCCCGGUAACAAAUCCUGCUCCCGCUGUCACAGUGUGACCUACUGUGGGAAACACCAUCAGACGAUACACUGGAAACAUGCACACAAGAGGGAGUGCUGUAGCCAAGGAGUGUCCACUAUUGCGGCCUCUCCUCUGCUGUUCCCUGAGUCUGAGCUGGUCACAGAGCCUGAGGAGGAAGAAGAAGAAAAGGAAGACGAGGAGGAGGAGAAAGAUGCAAAGGAGGAAGGAGCCAUUGCUCAGAGUGGUGGCAAUGGACCCUCUUUAGCUGAAACCAUGACUGAGACAGACCUGGAGGAGAUGGCGAUGCACGAGACUGCAGACAACAAAGUGUUUCAGCGAUUUAAGAAGAGAAUCGCCCCAGAACCACACCAGGUGGUGCGCUACAGUAGAGGGGGUUCUCCUUUGUGGGUCUCUGCUCAGCACAUCCCUUCAGAUCAGGAUAUCCCACAAUGCCCCUGUGGUGCUAAGAGGAUCUUUGAGUUUCAGGUGAUGCCUCAGCUGUUGAACAGUCUGUGUGUUGACUCCACAGGAGCCAGUAUCGACUGGGGGACACUCGCUAUCUAUACAUGCUCAGUCAGCUGUAACCAUGACGACCAGUACAGCCCAGAGUUUAUCUGGAAACAAGACUUCAGCUCUGACCAACAGACACAGAUUUGAUCAUAGUGUCUAUUGGUCAAAGACUUUGUUCAAAUACUUCGGGAAUCUGGAGUGAGCAGUGAGGAAACAUGGAGUGCAAAGGUUAAGACACAUUUAUAACAUAAUGCUUUUGUAAAGGGUUUGUGAAUACUUAUUAUGAAAACCUUUGUUUGUUGAAUCAUUGAGCUCAAGGGUCCUUUUGGACAGUAGAUACUGCAUUCAGUCUGAAUGUGAGACAUCUGUUUCACCACACUUAGAUCACUUGAUACACUUAGUAUCACUUUGACUGUCAUGGUUUCGACAGACAGUGGCUCUUCUAUAUGUUUAUUACAUUUAU